AUGUUGCGAACGUUCCAAGGAUACUGGAGCUCGUACUCCACUCUUAUAAAUGAAAAGGACUACUCUGAGGUGAGUGCUCCCAAGAAAAACCAAUUUCGCCUAUAGAUUGCGAAAAAAAAAGGAAAAGAUGCAUUUUCAAUUGGCACGUCUUUUUCUCCUACAAUCCAAUUCAUUAUUUUCAGGACAUUGAGCGAAUGAAGGCGUCGGCAACUGCUAUCGCAGCUUCCCUCACCGAAUUCGGAAAAACGCUCCGAGAAACAGAAAUUCCGAACGAUGCGGACAGCACCGCACGCAUACUGGAGCUUCAGACCGCAGAAAAAAUGGCCAUUAAAGUAAGUUCUUUCCCUCUCUUUUCACUUUUCCAUACUUAGCCGCCUUUUGACAUUUUCUUCCGUUUCCUUAAUGGGAUUUGCGGGGUUGCAGAUGAAGAACACAGCUGUUCUUCUUCUUGUUCUUCUUCCGCAACGAACACCUGUGGAAGGGGUCUCAAGAAGGAGAAAAAACCGGGAGACCCCGAGCAGCAUUUGAAUUGUUUAUUCAUCUUAUUAGAUAAUAUUUUGGAAAACGGAUCGUCUUUGUCUGUUUGUUCCGACGAUUAGAGCCUCAAAAUAGUGAUUGUCGGGUAUUCAUGGAAUUCGAAUUUGCAGGAGGAAUUCAAAAUUGCCGUCCGCAAAGGGUUCACCUUGCUCAAAUCUGUCCGACAGCUGGACAAGAAACCGACACCCGAACAACUAUCGCCGACAAGGCUCCAUAAUGUGACGGCAAUUGAGCGGAUGUUGGUUCAAUUGGGUACGUACUACUGA